AUGCCUUUUUAUCAGAUUAAUACGAAUCUUCCAGCUGAUAAAAUUCCAGCAAAUUUCGCGAAAGAAGCAUCGGCGUUAGUCGCAAAUACCCUCGGAAAACCAGAAAAUUAUGUUGCGGUGCAGAUUGCUAGCGGUCAGAAUAUGACGUUUGCUGGAAGUGCUGAGCCAUGUGCAGUUUGUGUUUUGAAAUCGAUUGGAUGUGUUGGUGGACGAGUAAAUAAUUCACAUGCUGAAAAACUUUUUAAACAGCUCAACGAUAAACUUGGCAUUAGAAAGGACCGAAUUUAUGUAGAAUUCAUCGAUGUCGAUGCAUCGACAUUCGCUUACAAUGGUCGCACAUUUGGCUGA